AUGGAUGCAGGCGCAAGAGCAGCCAGCAGGGGAAACGAUAACGAAUGGAAUGGGCAGAAGAACCGAGAUGUGAAAGCUCACUUGCUCGCUGCGACCCUCGCCCACGCUCUUGACGGCCUGAUACAGGCACAGCGCCGCCGAGUCACGCAGGUCCCAUCCUCUCCUGUGGUCGCCCGACGGCAGUUCGGCCUGAUUAGGGGCAGGGAGGGCAACUCACAAUAG